UGACGUCGAUGCAUACCCUCUAUUACAGGAAUCUCGUGUGUCGCAGCAGAACUACAACACAUCCCAUGAUGCAGCGCAACGGCGCAUCGUGACCGACAGCAGCGCAGCUCGACCGAACCACCGGACAGCUAAAGUAUGAGAAGCUCUUAUUCCACGCGUUAUUCGGUCCAAACUGCAGACGGUCAGAGCCGCGGGAUGAGUGAAUGAAGAUCCGCUCGUUGAUAUGGAAGAGCCUCCCAGCAACUCCGAUGGUUUGCAGCCUCAGGAUCUGUCGUCGGCCUGCGGCCUUCCCAACAUCUUCGAUCUGACACGGAACGGUGAGGAAUGUCUGCUGAAAGCGAAUCCCAUCGACGCCUUGCGUGUUGUGCAGACGCCGGGCUGGUUCGUCAAUCCUGGGACCAGCAAUGGGGCGAUUCUUCCAGAGAAUGACUCUGACCUGCUGCCGCUUCCCACAGACCAGAUCCAACCGGAUGAUGCGUUUUCCAACACGGCCGUCAUGCUCUCAUACCUGAGCCGAUCGCAUGUCUUCUCGGAGCAUUCCCCGGUUUACGGCGUUCCUUCGGCAUUCCUUCGUGCCUACGAUCCUGGCAAACUGGCGGCAGAUGCGGGAGACGCGCCACUCUCGGUGGACUUGGACCAACACUGUCUCCAGCAGGUGUCCGUGCCGGUCGGACUAACAGCCUGCGAACCGUUUGGCUUCAUGACGCCGGCUCAGGUCGUCGAGAACGUGGCAGCGUUCUGCUACCUUCAACAACCUCCGGACAUGGAAAACCUUGCUUUGGAAACACUCAAGUCUUUACAAGCCGAUCCCAGCGAGUGCAGGUUUCCCAUCAGCGUGGACGAACUUCAGAAUGGAGCUGCUAAUGCAAUGUGGAACGUCGGACCCUUCGAGGGAGGAUUUCCGGAGGACAACGGCACGGAUGCGGAGGGAUUGUGUCCAACUGCAAACCCGGAGCUCGUCUUUCUCAUCUCCAGAUCCGAGGAGCCGGUGGUUUUAACGAACGCACAUGGAGCUGCGAGCUUCGCAAUGCCGUUAAACCAAGACGUCAGUAGUCCAUUAGAUUCCGGAUCACCUUCGGCAGAGCAAAUAGAGAAUGUUUGCACUUUGCCGCAGACUGCGAGUUCGCCAAGCGGAGAAGUGGAUGAUGCAAAGCAAGAAGAGGAGUCGGAUGCGAAGACCGAAUUGUCCUGCAACAAUCCAACCGAGUCCAUGCAGGUCAAUGAUGCGUCAGACACGGAUGCAUUCAAAACAAGCGAUGGAUUGUCUUCGCUCACCACCGAGAAGACAUUCGAGAGGAAAAAAUUGCCUCCGAGAGCCCGAAGAGGCACAAGGAUGGUAGCCAUUGUUCAAAACAUCCAACCCACCAGGUACAAACCGAGUCGAGCCCGUGUAAUAAAAUCUCAGGCGAGAAAGUCCAAGAAAAACAAGUCCUCCACUUCCCUGAAGAGGAUGCAGGAUGUGGCCGGAGAAAAGACAGCAUUGCAUUUACAGAAAGAAGAAACAGAAAUCAGGCGCUCCAGGAGACACAAAGCCACACAAUCUACCUCAUCUUCUGCAAAGACGUUAGAUGCAUUCUUAAAAUCGACAAAGAAAAAGUCCUCCGAAAGGAAAAGAAACUGUCAUUCCUUACCGAUGCCUCGAAAACAAGUUAGUGCUCACAAACGACCAACUUCUGCGAAGAAAUCUCAUGCUGGCAAGCGGAAAAGAAAGAAACACAAAGUCGGCCGCACGUCCUUUUUCUCACCGCAGGAACCCGAAAUUAAACUGAAAUGUCUGAACUGCAAGGAAGAGAAGAAGGAGGUGCGGGAUGACACCUUCAGGCCGUAUGUGCGCGUGCAUCUCAAGGACUUCCCAACCUGUACGGUUGUCAACUAUCCAGAGAACAAGCGGGGAAAGCGGUCGGCAUCUGCCGGCUUUGUGUCCGGCGUGUUGCCAGCGACGCCUGGACUGCAGUACGGACGAGUCUGCGCAGACGGCACGCGGAGCGACGUCCUAGUUUGCUGUCUCUGCGGGGGAUCGUCGAAUGCGAUGGACCUUGGAGACUUGCAUGGGCCGUAUUACCCUGAAGGCUACAAAUCAGCCUCCAAAGUCGUUUCCAAUCCAGAGGAGGAGGAUAAUAGUGACUCCAACUCGUCUUUUAGAGGAGGCAGUUGGACGAACUCUUUUCGCAGGGUGCCGGAGUCACCGGAUUCGAGAUGGACCGAGCCGUCCAGUAGUCCAACAGCGAAGAGACCCAGGACGGACUCCACCACUGAUUGGUUCAGCCCUCCCGUGGUUCCUCUUGACGCUAGCGAGCACUGGCUCCACGCAGACUGCGCCAUAUGGUCCGCAGGUGUCUUUCUGGUUCGGGGAAAACUGUAUGGGCUGGAUAAAGCCGUCAGGUUGGCGAAAGCGUCGGGUUGUUCGACUUGUCAAAAAAGGGGAGCAACGUUGGGCUGCGUUUUCAAAGGCUGCCCUAACAAGUACCACUACACAUGUGCGGUGCAAUCAGGUUGUGUAUUAAACGAGGAUAAUUUCUCGAUGAAAUGCAGAAGGCACAAGAACAAGUCCAUUAAAGGAUCAUCAUAUGGUCAAAUCAACAGGUGACGCUGGAGAAAGAGGAUCCUAUGCAAGAGUGCGUUUGACCUCUGACCUCCAGCAGCGUGUUCCUGUUCGCCGACCGCGGGACCUUCAGAUUCUCUCUGCUUCUGACAGAAACACCUGAACACCUUAAUGAUUCUGCUGUUGCACUGCUCAUAACAUCUCUCACUGUCACACAGAUGGCACUUCGUGAGACUCGCAAGUCGUUUUGGGUGGGGAACGUCGGGCGCGUCGGAGUGAAUUGCACAUUUAAGCGGCUCAAAGCAGGAGAUGAAACCUCUAAAGCUGAACCAUAGCACAAAGCCAGUGUGCUUGUUUCAUUUGCCAAUAUACUUUUUCACAAUAUGGGUUUGUCAUAUUUAUAUAUGGGGGCAAAUUUAUUUGUUAUUAUUGUAAAAAUUUUUUUUUGUUGCUGUUGUAAAAUUCCUUUUUCUGAAAUCAAUUUUGUUAAUUCUGUCUUAAUUUAUGAACUGAAUUUGAAAUAUACUGCUUGUCAGAAUGUAAAUCCCUCUUCAUAAUCAUCACUAUAUAUAUAUAUUUAGUCACAUCCAGUCAUGAAAAAUCGUCCUUUACAAAAUACAUUUAAGCUGAAGUGAAGGAAAACAUGAUGAAAGUUGUGGAAGCGACAGCAGGGGUUUAUGCAAGCAUUUUUGAAGGGCACUUUGUGUAAAGAAAAAAAUUGGGAAAAGAUCAAUUUUUUUUUUUUUUUUUUUUUUUUUUUUUUUUUAAGUAAGAGUCUGACUUCUAAAUUCAUGGCCAAAAUCCAGAUAACUGACAACGGCACAUUUACACACUUUAAGAGCGAGAUCCACUCUGAACAUGUCACUUUCAGUUGCAUUAAUUGUAUGAUUCACAAAUGUAGUUUUAUUGUAAGAAAUGCUGAAUAUUAAUGUAAGUUCACACAUAACUGAAUAUAACUUCAUUUUCACCUCAGCCAGUGGAUAUUCUUGUUGGUUCUAUGCACUUAAAUGCGUCCCCUUGACUUUUGCAAACUAGUGUAAGCUUGCAUUAGUAAUGAUCCAUUAGAAAUGACCUGUAGGAAAUUUGAUACAUUGGUUUUUUUGCACAUGCAAUGGAAACUUUGACUUGAGAAAGCAUUAAUUUGAACUUUAAGUGUUUGUGAAAUGUUGAACUUCAAUUUGUUAAUCUAUAAUUCCUUUAUAAAAGUGGGAUUAUUCAUUUGUUGCUGCCUUGCUAAGACAAAUCAGUGUAUUUAUGAUUUUCACCCAGGAAGCACUUCUUUAAUUCUUAAUGAACGAGACGCAGUGCAUUAAACAUGACACGUUAAGUGUAUUUAUAUGUCAGUAUUUUUGUCCAAAGUUUAAGAUGAAUCUGGAAUCUCUGCCAAUUUCAGCCUGAUGUAUUUGGCAGCUCGUGUAAUGUUGUUCAUGUCUGUUAAUGGACUCGUGUUGUGUGCCAUACUCUUGUGCAAAUGUCAUUUGUUUGGUUUUUCUUUUCUCUAACUUGAAUUGUCACAUUUUAGCAUCAUACCAAAUGUACCAAAAACAGUUUUUGUUUGCGUUGUUUUUCUCAAAUGUCUUUUCGAAUCUUAAUCUCAGGGUUGAGCAGGGUUCUUUUGUGUUGUUGUUGACAUUCUUACCCCGAAAUGUAUUUAUCUUGAACUGACUAAACCAAGUUGGUCAGCGUAAUAAAUUGGCUUCUUUUAUUUUGCCUAA